AUGGUGUCCAGCCCCCACACCAGUCUCCUUAUAGAAACCACAAUUCCUAAUGUGAAGUUACAUGCAAAGAAUUUUGGGAAGCAACAUGUAGUGGCUAAAUACACAACAGCGCAGUAUCCAUCUUGAAGGGGGAGGUAAGAAUCUUUGGGUAUAACAUUCAUCUUUUAAUCUAUACUUUUACUGGUGAUUUUUGCACGGUGUAUCAAAAUCUAUACCUUUUUGAAUGUAAGCAUCACUUUCACACAUGUUGGUGACACAUUAUUUUAGUAUGUAUGAGGUUGAAUGAGUAAAACAUUUUCUUUUUUAUUGUUGGUUAAAGGAAAAUUUGUUUGUAAUGAAUUAUAAUUUUCCUUUCAGGGUGUUGACUCCAUCAAGUUAGAAAAUGGGCAGAGUACAUCCUCUAAGUUGGGCCUUCCUCCUCUCACCCCGGAACAGCAAGAGGCCUUGCAGAAGGUGAGUUGUCCUCUAAGUUAAUUAUAGGUUUCUCAGUUUGUCCAUGUGCAAAUUAUUCACUUUCAAUUCCUGCUCCACUGAGCACAGUACCGAUUUCUCUUGUUCCCAGUAAAGUUUUUUUACAUGUCGUCUUUCCCUGUGAAACAACCUUGUGUGCUGUGCUCAAUAUUUCUUUGAUGCAGAGCUUACUUUUAUUACUCUAGAUACUGCAUUUUACUUACAGAGAAGCGCUGCCAUUUUGUAUUUAAAGAGACAGAAAUGUAUUGCUCAGUUCAAUGGCUGUUUUCAAAAUUUGUUAAUUUGUGAAUUCGUUCCCAUUUCUGAGAUAAACUAUUUCUAUAAAGCACAUUCUCCCCUAUGGGGACUAAAAUGCUCUUUAUUGCAUCAAUUUGCCAACUGAUUUCUAAUUUGUUUUAAUUUGUUUCAGGAAGAAUAGUUGUGUACACAUUGCAUGUAGGUGCCAGAGUUUCUCUGCUCGAUACAUUGUUACUUCAUGCAUAAUAUAACAUUGUGUCAAUCUCCUCUGCACCUUAGCGAAUUUGCCAUAUUGCAUGGGCAGCAAUAGAGAAUUCAAUGGGCAGUAAGCACCUGGCACUGCCCCUCACUGCUGUGUGGUUUAACACAGGUUCCCAGUAACCCACUUUGGAUUCUUGCUGCUUCCUGUCCUGUAAUAUAUAUUGAAGCUGCUUCACUCAGUUCACAUCAAAGUAAUAGACGUAGUGACAUAUCUGCUUAUGUGUCUGGGGGGGUCGUCUUAUGCAGUCUGAUGGGAUUCCUGCAGUUUAGCUCAUUCAGUGCUGUCAGUGGCUCCAGUGCAUUUUUUUCCAUAUAAAAAUACAGAUAAUUAACAAGGCCAAGACCUAGCAUUUUGUUUGGUGUACUUUAAUUUCCUUUUUUAUACUGAUACAAAAAGCUGUGUUCCUGUCCAUUGGGUCUACAAUUUAAAGGAAUACUAUAGUCACCUAAAUGACUUUAGCUAAAUAAAUCAGUUUUAGUGUAUAGAUCAUUCCCAUGCAAUUUCACUGCUCAAUUUACUGUCAUUUAGGAGUUAAAUCACUUUGUUUCUGUUUAUGCAGCCCUAGCCACACCUCCCCGGCUCUGAUUGACAGAGCCUGCAUGAAAAAAAAACUGGUUUCACUUUCAAACAGAUGUAAUUUACCUUAAAUAAUUGUAUCUCAAUCUCUAAAUUGAACUUUAAUCACAUACAGGAGGCUCUUGCAGGGUCUAGCAAGCUAUUAACAUAGCAGGGGAUAAGAAAAUCUUAAUUAAACAGAACUUGAAAUAAAGAAAUCCUAAAUAGGGCUCUCUUUACAGGAAGUGUUUAUGGAAGGCUGUGCAAGUCACAUGCAGGGAGGUGUGACUAGGGUUCAUAAACAAAGGGAUUUAACUCCUAAAUGGCAGAGGAUUGAGCAGUGAGGCUGCAGGGGCAUGUUCUAUACACCAAAACUGCUUCAUUAAGCUAAAGUUGUUCAGGUGACUAUAGUGUCCCUUUAACAUCUGUGAUGAAACCGUGUCAGCAGACACCCUUAGCAAAUUCUCUGUUUCUUCAGAAUAAACCUCACAAUUUAUUAGUGAAGUAAUUGAGAGCUUCCCCUUUAGAUUUUACCUGUAUUAAUACACCACUUAGUUUGGAAAACAAACAUGCAAAAAACAAAUUUUUCCAUUGUACAUAUUGAAAUCUGAUAACAUGUAUUGCAAGAUAAAAGCAUAGGAGUGACAGUCUAGUAGCCACAUUGGAAUGGUCAAAAUAUAAUUUAUAAUACAUUAUUUGUGUAGCUAUGAUCUCUACUAUAAACCUCUGCAGCAGCAUCCUUGAUUACAUUUUAGUUAAACUCCAGGCACACUCUGGCCACCAACAAUAUCCACAAAAUGGCCAAGCGGGUCCUUGUUCUGGACUGGCUAAUGACACUGCCAGGUGUGGAGUUAGACCUCUCGAUGCCAUUACAUGUUCUGUGUUCCUGUCUAUACUCAGUAUGGUUUAAAAAGAACAAGCUUUGCAGGGGUUUACUUUGUACUUCAUGUCCGAAGUGGUGAUGGUGCAUGGAGUAAUGAGGGCUGCUGGCUAAUGACAAAACACCGCCAUAAAGUCCUCCUUUGUCUUUUGGAGAUUUUCAAGCCUGACAAAGUGGUUCCUACUCUGAUAUAUUUUGAUUUCAAGGAAUUUCCAGCGCAGUCGAUGUGAGCAUGUCAUGGAGAUUGUCUUUUCUGUAAUAAUUGAGUGACAAUGCAACUUUAAAUAUAUCAUCCUGCAAUGUGUAAAACCUAAUUAAUAUCAUCCUUCCUGGUACUGUACUAAUAAUGAGAGCACAGAAAUUCUCUUAAAUGUGUAUAGUUACUGUACUCUGUAUGGGAGCAUAAACACAACAAUAAGUUCUGUCAAAUAAUAGAUUAUAUAUACAGUGCUCGAAGUUUGUAGUCCUACCAGCCGCAGUCAGAAUGGACCCGUCAGGUGAAUUUCUAUUCACCAGGGCUAAAUGGCUAGUGGCAAAUAGACAUUAUGAGCCCUCUAUAUGUGCUACACAUGAUAAUCGGCUUCAAACUGACAUGCAGUUACUCUUUUGUCCUAUUGUAAUUCUAAAUGCCUUUUUUUUUUUUUUUUUUUUAAAUGGUUCGAAAGGAGAAACUAUUAUUUUAUUUUGUUCUGCUCUGAAAAUAAGAAAUUCCUGCCAUCUUGAUGUCAUAAGUGUCUUGUUAUUCCUAACAUUUGUUUGGAGCAGGGCACACCUCUGUGACAUAGAAAUUUCCAAUAUUGUACCUUAAGCGGCAGUCAGCCAAUUGCAACCUUGAAAUCUGUGUUUGAUGUGGCUUGUGGCUCUAAAUCCAUGUUCUCAUACAUUCUAUCGCUUGACCAAUACUAAACAAAACAAAAUUCUAUCUCCAGGUAUAACUGCUCUUUUAAACGCAGUAACCAAUAAAAUGAGGUGUGGAAUUGUGUAUUCUAGUGGAUUUAAAUUAUUGGUAUGAAAAUAAUGCCUCCCAAAUUUAUUUUUAGCAAUUAAUGAAAAUGGAAACUGUCUUUUUGUUCUAGACUUGCCCGUGUGAUUGGAGCGGAAAGGGCACAUAAAGAGAAAAGGCCUCUUUGCAAAGUAGUUGAGUUAGCGCAGUUACCUUUAAAUGCACCAUAAAACUUUGUGGUAAGCCUUAUAGCUGGAGCAUGAUUAGUAAUGGUUGACUGAAACCACAUUUGGGGGAGGGGGAGGGAUUGAACACAAGCGUCAGAACCUUGUAGGCUUCUCCCGCUUCUAUCUUAUAGAGUCUCUCCCACUGUUGGACCAGCACCGUGAGUGGGAAAGGUGACCAGGCCUCCUGGCCCAGUAGAGGUAAGGUGAGCAGGCACACGGGGGGACACAGACUAACUCCACACCCACUCUUCCCCACCCUGGAUGGGUUCUGUCUGCCUUCUGGUUCUCGGUUUAGAUUUGAUGUUGAAAGACGAAUUGUGCUUGUGAUUUACAGAUGUUGAUCCAGCCCAAAAGCAUUGUUUCCAUUGGUCUCAUGUCUUUCACUUUUGUGGCUUUUCUCUAGGCCAAGAAAUAUGCUAUGGAACAGAGCAUCAAGAGUGUGCUGGUCAAACAAACUAUUGCACAUCAACACCAACAGCUCACCAACCUACAGGUAUGAUGGCGGAUAUUGGUGCUCAUUCCAGAGUCUGUGUUUGGCUUGUUUGUCGCUGGGUGCCAAGUGUCUAGUGAAUUGCCUUCUAUUCAUAUAGUGCCAUGCUUUAUAACUCAAUAUUUAGCUUUUUAUAGCAAAACAAUGAUUUUUAUUUUAUGUUGUGCUUUCUCUCCUUAUUGUGAAUGAAAAUGUUUCUAUUGUAAUGCUCUUUUAACUGAAACUUCUCAACAGUCAAAGUCUGGAGCUAGAUUGUCCUUUCCAUAGAAAGUGUGCCCUUCCCCUCCCUAACAGUCGCCCCUUUUGGUGUGUCUCUCACAUCUGCUAGACCCUUUAGAAAUUCAGACAUUAUUAUAUUCUGUUCCCUGUGAGCGCUAGUUUAAUGGCUGCAGCUCCCAUGUUUGAAGUCUAUUGAGCUCACUUUUGGUUGCCCCCAAGAAUGUUUACCCCCAUUAUGUCCCUUUCCUAGUUUUCUACCAAAUUUGUUUGUUUUUUUGUGACAAUGGAUGUUAGUAAAACCAUUACCCAAGUGGGAAGAUAAGCUGCUCCCUUUAUUUCAUUGCAGGUACUCUGUUACUCUUGUCUGAAUCUUGAACAGAGACCAUAUUGAGCAAUUAAAUCGCACACAGAAAAGAAAGCUGAGUUUUCUGAGCUCCAACAGACUGAACUCUGUCUUUACUGUCUUUCAGAUGGCAGCAGUGACAAUGAGCUUUGGAGACCCUCUCUCACCUUUACAAUCGGUCAAUAGAAAUAUUCACUUCUUCUGGGGCACAACCUGUGUGGGAGGAAGGGGAGGGUGGUGGAGGAGGGAUGUUUACCUUUUUCCUGUUUUUGUUUUCCCCAGGCCUGCUGAGGGAGGGGGGAGCCAUUGGUCCUUGAUGGGGCAUCCUGUAUGGGUACAGGUCCACCAAAAGACAGAAUAUAGUUAGUGAUGUGAAAACCCAAGUGGAGAUUUGCGGCUGCUCUGUUCUCCUCAAUUCUGUGGCCAGUGAUUCAACCAGGGUUGUCAGCAGGCUGUGCAAAUCCACAAAUGAUAUAUUGCUCAUCCUCCGGAGCACACACAAUUUGUGUACGCCUCCAAACAUGUGUGUGUAACUUAUUGCUAGUGAGCAAUUGUAAUUAUGUUCAGAAAAAAAACAAAUUGGGAUUUCACAUAAUUUUUUUUAGUGACUGUUUAUAUGUUACAUUUUUAAAUAUUUCCAUGAAAAGGUUGCAUAUUAUACCAACUACUUUUCAUAGGAACAGUGAAGGUAUGGGAUAAAAGACUGUCAUUACAUCCUCAAAACAUUCGAAGAAAGGCAAGAACUAUUGAGUUUUUUAGAAUAAAGUUGCAUAUGAACUGUUUGGCCACACUGAUCCAUGAACAUGUCCUUGUCAUUACCACACAUUGAUAUAGAUUUGCUGUGAUUGUGUGGGCCGUUUUUUAUUUUAUUUUUUAAUUUUUUUGAAGGGGGUCUGUAAUUAAACUUUGUGGUUGCUAACAUGUUCACCAAAUAACAUUCUAAUUUUAUUUAUAUUCCUGCCAUUUAUAAAGUUCUAACAUAUUUUGCAGUGCUGUAUAAUUGGGGGGAAAAGACAUUCAAAAAAACACACAAACCAAUACAAAAGGUAAAGAGGGCCCUGUCCGUGAGCUGACAUCUAACCAGUGAAGUACUUAGAAAGAUAGCCGUGAGCUUACAAUCUAGUUUCUUAAUGGCAGAAAAUGUUAUACAACGUAUCCUCUUUGUACUUACUUGCAUUGACAAAAGGGAUAUGUUUAAAAAAAAAAAGAGCCAUUUAUCUUAAUCUGUGGUAUGAGAGCGGAUAUAUGUUUUGUUUUGAAGUUUAUUUCCUCCUAACAGAUCCUUACCUUUUAGUCCUAUGAGAGACUGACCCAUAUACAGGUAUCUCUGUUAUGUGUAGACUGACCCUGUAGUAUGUCUCAUUAGUAGAUUUCGGCUGUAUAAGGAAUUGAGCCAUAGUCAUCUUACCGUCAGUGCACUAGAUGAGUAAAUUAACUAGCACUAUAUGCUAUAUCCAGUCUAUGCUGUUACCUCUUUAAAUGCUGCCUUCAUCACUACGUACAGUUGCCCUAAUUAUCCAUUUGAAUCCCAGAAAAAAAUGCAGAUUAUUGGGCAUUUAAGUCUCCCAGCUGUAACGGUUACCUGAUUUUGAACUAGUUCUAGGUAGUGCAGGUUUCUCCGCAUCCCAUUCAUCUUCUCCUGUGUCUGGGGCUUGCUUUUACCAGCUGAUAGCUCUAUUCUUGUUUAUCCACCAGUAUCUUCUCUUAAAUAUGGGGUAACGUAUAAAGCGUAAUUCUGAGAGAAAACUCUGAAAGUGGAGCGGUCACCAUGGAAACCAGUGGAAGGACCCGCAGAUUGCUCUAUUUUUAUUUUUUACUUUGAGUUUCCAAAUCACUAUUGUAUGCAUAAUCCCAAUAGUCUGUACAGCAUGUUUUUAAAGGGUGGAAUAUCUGAUUUUAUUUAUUGAGCUUUGGAUCGCGACUGGGCCUCCACUUAGUUAUUGAAGACCAUAUAAGUAGAAGUGGCAUUGGCACCACAUCUGAACCAUGUUUCUGGUAGAUUGUACAACCCAGUCUGGGUAUAUACCCCAUCAUUACUGAUUAACAGUUAUCAUUCUGAUGAUGACAAGAUGCAGUGACUGUUACUUAUUGUGCGGUUGUUCAUUAGAGGAUUAGCAAUGCACUUUGUGGUCUCGGGGUUAGCUAGAAUAGUAAAAAGAUAGGUACCGAUAAAACAUAAGUGUCACACAUAAAAUUAAUAUACUUAUGUUGUUAAAUAGCAGGAAUCUUAAAAACCAAUGAUCGACCUAAAAGAAAGCAUAUAGAGCCAACAUAGUGUUAAACUGUUAUGAGAGUACACUUGUAUAUACAAAUGGAGCCAAACUCACGUGAUGCAGAGCCGUAUCAUGCUCUGUAUAUAAUGCAAAAAAGGAGGCUGUGGGAUACUGGUGGUUGGCUAGGAGGCUAGGGUACAUGGUGUGAUACUGGUGGUUAGCCAGGAGGCUAGGGUUACAUGGUGUGAUACUGGUGGUUAGCUAGGAGGCUAGGGUACAUGGUGUGAUACUGGUGGUUAGCCAGGAGGCUAGGGUUACAUGGUGUGAUACUGGUGGUUAGCCAGGAGGCUAGGGUUACAUGGUGUGAUACUGGUGGUUAGCCAGGAGGCUAUGGUUACAUGGUGUGAUACUGGUGGUUAGCCAGGAGGCUAGGGUUACAUGGUGUGAUACUGGUGGUUGGCUAGGAGGCUAGGGUACAUGGUGUGAUACUGGUGGUUAGCCAGGAGGCUAGGGUUACAUGGUGUGAUACUGGUGGUUAGCCAGGAGGCUAUGGUUGCAUGGUGUGAUACUGGUGGUUAGCCAGGAGGCUAUGGUUACAUGGUGUGAUACUGGUGGUUAGCCAGGAGGCUAGGGUUACAUGGUGUGAUACUGGUGGCUAGCUAGGAGGCUGUGGGAUACUGGUGGUUGGCUAGGAUGCUAGGGUACAUGGUGUGAUACUGGUGGUUAGCCAGGAGGCUAGGGUUACAUGGUGUGAUACUGGUGGUUAGCCGGGAGGCUAUGGUUACAUGGUGUGAUACUGGUGGUUAGCCAGGAGGCUAGGGUUACAUGGUGUGAUACUGGUGGUUAGCCAGGAGGCUAGGGUUACAUGGUGUGAUACUGGUGGUUAGCCAGGAGGCUAGGGUUACAUGGUGUGAUACUGGUGGUUAGCCAGGAGGCUAGGGUUACAUGGUGUGAUACUGGUGGCUAGCUAGGAGGCUAUGGGUUACAUGGUGGGAUACUGGUGGUUGGCUAGGGGAAACAUGGUGUGAUACUGGUGGUUUGCUUUAAUGCUAUGGGUACAUGGUGUGAUACUUGUGGCUAGCUAGGAGGCUGUGGGUUACAUGGUGUGAUACUGGUGGCUAUCUAGGAGGCUAGGGGGAACAUGGUGUGAUACUGGUGGUUAGCUAGGAGGCUAUGGGUUACAUGGUGUGAUACUGGUGGUUAGUUAGAAUGCUAGGGGUACAUGCCGUGAUACUGGUGGUUAGCUAGGAGGCUAGGGGUACACGGUGUGAUACUGGUGGUUAGCUAGGAGGCUGUGGGUUACAUGGUGUGAUACUGGUGGUUGGCUAGGGGUACAUGCUGUGAUACUGGUGGUUGGCUAGGGGUACAUGCUGUGAUACUGGUGGUUGGCUAGGGGUACAUGCUGUGAUACUGGUGGUUGGCUAGGGGUACAUGCUGUGAUACUGGUGGUUGGCUAGGGGUACAUGCUGUGAUACUGGUGGUUGGCUAGGGGUACAUGCUGUGAUACUGGUGGUUAGUUAGGAUGCUAGGGGUACAUGCUGUGAUACUGGUGGUUAGCUAGGAGGCUAGGGGUACACGGUGUGAUACUGGUGGUUAGCUAGGAGGCUGUGGGUUACAUGGUGUGAUACUGGUGGUUGGCUAGGGGUACAUGGUGUGAUACUGGUGGUUGGCUAGGGGUACAUGGUGUGAUACUGGUGGUUGGCUAGGGGUACAUGCUGUGAUACUGGUGGUUGGCUAGGGGUACAUGCUGUGAUACUGGUGGUUGGCUAGGGGUACAUGCUGUGAUACUGGUGGUUGGCUAGGGGUACAUGCUGUGAUACUGGUGGUUGGCUAGGGGUACGUGCUGUGAUACUGGUGGUUGGCUAGGGGUACGUGCUGUGAUACUGGUGGUUGGCUAGGGGUACAUGCUGUGAUACUGGUGGUUGGCUAGGGGUACAUGCUGUGAUACUGGUGGUUGGCUAGGGGUACAUGCUGUGAUACUGGUGGUUGGCUAGGGGUACAUGCUGUGAUACUGGUGGUUGGCUAGGGGUACAUGCUGUGAUACUGGUGGUUAGUUAGGAUGCUAGGGGUACAUGCUGUGAUACUGGUGGUUAGCUAGGAGGCUAGGGGUACACGGUGUGAUACUGGUGGUUAGCUAGGAGGCUGUGGGUUACAUGGUGUGAUACUGGUGGUUGGCUAGGGGUACAUGGUGUGAUACUGGUGGUUGGCUAGGGGUACAUGCUGUGAUACUGGUGGUUGGCUAGGGGUACGUGCUGUGAUACUGGUGGUUGGCUAGGGGUACGUGCUGUGAUACUGGUGGUUGGCUAGGGGCACGUGCUGUGAUACUGGUGGUUGGCUAGGGGUACGUGCUGUGAUACUGGUGGUUUGGCUAGGGGUACGUGCUGUGAUACUGGUGGUUGGCUAGGGGUACGUGCUGUGAUACUGGUGGUUGGCUAGGGGUACGUGCUGUGAUACUGGUGGUUGGCUAGGGGUACGUGCUGUGAUACUAGUGGUUGGCUAGGGGUACAUGGUGUGAUACUGGUGGUUGGCUAGGGGUACAUGCUGUGAUACUGGUGGUUAGGUUAAGGAGAGCUAUCGUUGAGCAGAAAUGGGGUAAGGAGUUUACAUUCCAGAACUGUAAUCUAAAGGAAUGGUUAUGCAUACACGCAUUGCCCUUUCAGUGUUAAUAAUGAAGGGUGUAAGACCAUUGCAUUUGUCGUCUGAGAGUAGGGCUUGCUCUGCUUAUGUACUCUGUAAUGUAUCUAUAAGUAGAAGAAAGCACAAAUCUUGUGUUCUACCUGACAUUAUUUUAAAUUGUGUGGGCAGAGGCAGGGUAAUAAACAGGAUUUCACUCCUUAUAGCAGUCCACAUGUAAAAGUUACUUUGGGUGAUGGGACUGUUUUGUAGAGUCUGCAUAUCUGGGGACAUGAACUGUCUGCAUUGUGUGAGUCUCUGAACUUGAAGCCUAUCCAGCACAGUGUUGCAUCUGUAUGCCUUGCCUCAUUGUGAAAAAUUCUUUAGACUGAAAUAGCAGUGUACGACCUGUAAGAGUUUCAUAGAGCACUGUCCAGCUGGAGAAGCCCACAGCCAGCAGGUAAUUGAUCCUGUUCACUGUCACUGUAACCAGCUUCCUCCCCCUGCAGGUCAGGAGGCCUAGAUGCGGCCAGUUGCUGCCCAACACUGGCAGUGCUUGAAGCUGGGAAGUGGUGAGAACAUUGGGAUGCAGUGGCCUUAGGUGGGGGAUGUGGUGGGGCCUGAGGCAGGUGAAUUGUUUUUGUAGUGAGACUGGCAGAGCUCAGUCAACAUCCUUGACUCUAACAGCCUAGGUUUCUUUGUUGCAGAUGGCGGCUCAGAGACAGCGAGCUCUUGCCAUUAUGUGCCGUGUGUAUGUUGGCUCCAUUUACUAUGAGCUGGGAGAAGAUACCAUACGCCAAGCCUUUGCUCCCUUUGGGCCUAUUAAGAGCAUCGAUAUGUCCUGGGACUCGGUUACCAUGAAGCACAAGGUUGGUUUAGCAAUGUCUUUGGGCCCAUUUGUAACUACUUAAUAUAAUAUGGAUCACUACCAGUUUAAGUCUAAUUGGGCCUGCUUGGAUCCACAACUGUGCAUACUAAUUAUGAAAUGCUUGAACUUCGGCUCAGAAUUUCCAUUUAUGUAUGUAUAUAGAUGUAUGUAUAUAUAUUUGUGUAUAUCAUUUUUUUUAUUUAAAAUUUUUUUUUUCCUCUUUCAUUUUAUUUUACAAAACCCGAACACGCUUUAAUAGUUAAUAUGUACUGACAGCUUGUUGGUGGAAGAAUAAAUCUAAUUGGUGCAGCUAAGAAUGAAUUUUAAUUAUUUCUUGCGAAAAAGUCUGCAUUAGAUUUUUAUUUUUUUUGCGUUCUAUUCAAUCAACAUCAGAAACUUGUAUACUCGAGUCCUUUUUUCAAUCUAUGUAACAGACAUUUCCCCUUGAAUUGUGUAUUUAUGACCUGCUAGUGGCAACUGUUAAUGUGAGCAUAUAGAAGCAUAUCAUAAAACAUGCCAAGAACGGUUUCUUAGAAGAUAGAGAAUUGGGUAAUUUCCUGAUUUUGGUAUUCCACUUACUCACCCGAUCUCUGCUCUUGUAUAGAAAAAGGCCCUAGCACGACAAUAUGGAGAAGGUAGGUCAAAACAUGACGUGUAACCAGUUGUACCUUUUAUCUCCUUAUCAGGGUUUUGCUUUUGUGGAGUACGAGGUACCAGAGGCUGCCCAGCUGGCCCUGGAACAGAUGAACUCUGUCAUGCUUGGCGGCAGGAACAUUAAGGUAAACACAAUACCCAUCUGUGUAGGUGUAUUAUUUUUAUUAACCGUUUUUGUAUUAAUAAAUACAUUACACUUACACAUUUUUCCUAGUUUUUUAUCACAGCCUGAGAAAAGACAGUGUCUUAAAUUUUUAAUCUUAAUCUAGUAUUAUAAUGUUAUAGAUAACUAUUCCUGCAGACUGACUUGGUGGGAAAGUGCCAUUUAUUUUAGCUAAAUAUUCCCAAUAUUUGAGUUCAGUGUAUCUCUAGUUAUGUCAUCCUGUGUUCUGUUUGUACCUGGUGGAGCUCUGUAGUAAUCAGUUAUAAUUUUUUUUUAAGGUUGGCAGACCCAGUAAUAUUGGCCAAGCCCAACCCAUUAUAGAUCAGCUGGCUGAGGAAGCUCGCUCAUUCAAUAGAAUCUAUGUGGCUUCUGUGCAUCAGGAUCUGUCAGACGAUGACAUCAAGAGUGUGUUUGAGGCCUUCGGAAAGAUCAAGUCCUGUAUGCUGGCACGAGACCCAACUACUGGCAAACACAAGGGUUAUGGCUUUAUAGGUAAGAACAGCUCGAUUUGGUACCCCUAUUGUAAUUAUAGGUAAGGACAGAUUGAUUUGGUACCCCUAUUGUCUCUUAAACAUAAUAAACCUAGGGUAUGGCUUUAUAGCUAAGGACAGCUCGAUCUGGUACCCCUAUUAUCUGUUAAACAUAAUAAUCACAGGGUAUGGCUUUAUAGGUAAGGACAGCUUGAUUUGGUACCCCUAUUGUCUCUUAAACAUAAUAAUCACAGGGUAUGGCUUUAUAGGUAAGGACAGCUCGAUCUGGUACCUCUAUUGUCUCUUAAACAUAAUAAUCACAUUAAUAAUCACAGGGUAUGGCUUUAUAGGUAAGGACAGCUCGAUCUGGUACCUCUAUUGUCUGUUAAACAUAAUAAUCACAGGGUAUGGCUUUAUAGGUAAGGACAGCUCAAUCUGGUACCCCUAUUGUCUCUUAAACAUACUAAUCCCAGGGUAUGGCUUUAUAGGUAAGGACGGCUCGAUCUGGUACCCCUAUUGUCUCUUAAACAUACUUGUCCAUUAGGCUGACCACAGGGUGUAAUUUACAAUAACCUUCGUCUGUUCUGUCAUUCUGCCUUGCAGACAUUGAAGUCAUUUUAGCUUCUUUGUCUAGAUAGGUGGUAGAACUGUUAAUUUACAGAAAUUGAUGAAUUAUAAAGAUUGCUUAACUUAACACUUAACACUCUUAUUGAUUACUGGAGCUCUUUCAUGUUCUAACAACUGCAGGGCAGUGUGUAUAGAACUCUACUAGUGGCCCAGUUUAGCUCUGAUUACAUUCCAGGACUUUAACGCAAGUCCAUAUUGUUUCAUGCCCAUUUUCAAAUUUCAGGCUAUUAAUCAGACUUACUAUACCACUGAGGAAGGAGUUUUACUCUCUGCAUUUGCUGGUGUGAGUGUUGUAGAAAGGCUGGAUUCUCUUUAGCGCCGCUAGAGAACACACACCAGUUGCUCCAUGUCUCCUAUAAUUAGAAGGGCAUGCACAAUCUCUAUUGCCAUCACAAGCCAAUUGGUCCAUUUCUUUUCUGUUUUGGUGCAACAUUCAAUUUAUUUUCCCUGGUAUUUAUUCUUUGUUUUUCUUUUUAUGCUGAUAGUAUUUUAUAUACUGGGCAUGAGGUUCCCUCCGGAGUAAUUAACCUCACGCUCCAUUCCAUCCUGUAAAUGUAUUUUAGUAAUACAUGCAGCUGUGACUUUUUUCCUUCCUUUCUACUUAUGUGGCUGAAAACUAGUUAUUGAGCUGAGGUGAUUCCCUUUUUGUUACGUUGAUCAGUGACACUCUGACACCUCUCUCUGGACCACAUGAGUUGUGCAUUUAAUAUGUUGUAGAAAGUAUUGGUUGAUCUAAGCAUAAAGUUUAUUUUCAGUGUUUUGGCUGGGUGAUGCUUUCCUAGGGUUCAGUGUGUGAGUGGUUAGUGUUUAUUUAAACCUGUGUGAUGUCUGUCUAAUUGCUGGAAAAAUGACUGAAGAUCAGCAGUCACAGAUUGGACUUCCUGGUUUUCAAUCACGCUUUACGCACUCCUUUUCUUGCAGAGUAUGAUAAGGCGCAGUCUUCUCAAGAUGCUGUCUCCUCCAUGAAUCUUUUUGACCUCGGUGGCCAGUACCUGCGUGUUGGCAAAGCUGUCACACCACCAAUGCCUCUACUCACACCUGCCACGCCUGGAGGAUUACCCCCUGCAGCAGCUGUGGCGGCAGCUGCUGCUACUGCCAAGAUCACUGCCCAGGUGAGCGCCUCUCUGAUGUAUCAGGUUCUGUGUUGUGCUGCCUGAUUACUUUAAUUCUGUUUUGGAACUAUCAAAUACAUUGGUCAUGUUUUCCCAACAUCUAAUAAUGUCAGAUACAUAUUGGUUCACCUUUUUUUCCUGUCCUAUUGGCUGUGAAGUUUUUUAUUAUUCAGUGAUUAUGGUUUUAUUUAAAGCACUUCAAGCCACGUUUUGAAAAGUCUCGGCCAGCAUAGUUUAGCGUCUCUCCUUCUGGAGACCUUGAACACACAGCCCUAUUACAGUUGACUCCCAUUUAGUGACCCUGGGUAUGACUUAAGAUCUCUUGAAAGAGGAGUCAUUAUCAAAUUGGAGCAAUUUAAAUUGAGUCCAAGAGAAAUGGGAUUAUUUAAAAGUUGCACUGCUGAAGGCAUUAGGCUUGUCAGUAAAAGCAAAAAAUUCAAGAAACCACUGUGGUACUCUGCCGAUGUUGCCAAAUCAAUAAAAAAACAAAAAGUAAGCAUUUAGUAAUUAUAAAAAAAUCCCAGAGUGAGGAAGACAGAGGCUAAACAAGUUAUAAGAGCUUCCAAAUCACACAUAGAAGAGAAAAUAGCACAGUCAGUAAAAAAACAAAAACAGGGGGGGUGGGAGGGGGACAAAACAUUUUUUAGAUAUAUAAAUGAGAAAAGUAAAACAAGGAUUAGUUAGAUUAAAAACAAAAGAAGGGAAGGUAUGUAGAAGAGGAUAAAGGUCUAGCUGACUGCCUCAAUGAAUAUUUUUGUUCAGUAUUUACAGAUGAAAAUUAAGGAAAAGGGGCUUAGUUAGGAAAAAGGACAAAUGAGUCAUUUGUUACAUGGGAGUUUACAGAGGAAGAGGUUCUAUUUCAACUGUCAAAUAUAAAGACAAAUAAGUCAAUGGGACCUGAUGGAAUACACCCAAAGUUAUUAAAGGAGCUUAGUGGUGUACUAGCAAAACCAUUAAAAGAUUUAUUUAAGCCAUCAUUGUUAACAGGAGUAGUCCCAGAAGAUUGGAAGUUAGCGAAUGUUGUGCCCAUUCACAGGAAAGGUAAUAGGGAGGAGUCGGGCAACUAUAGGCCAGUAAGCCUUACUUCAGUAGUGGGGAAAGUAAUGGAAACCAUGUUAAAGGAUAGGAUUGUUGAACAUCUAAAAUCACAUGGAUUUCAAGAUCAGAGACAACAUGGGUUUACUUCAGGGAGAUCAUGCCAAACUAAUCUUAUAGAUUUUUUUUUGAUUGGGUAACUAAAAUUAUAGAUCAGGGUGGUGCAGUAGACAUUACUGACCUAGAUUUCAGUAAUGCUUUUGACACUGUUGCACAUAGAAGGCUUAUCAAUAAACUGCAAUCUUUAAGUUUGGAUUCCAAUAUUGUAGAAUGGGUAUUGUAGUCAAUGGAGUAUAUUCGAAGCAUGGGAUAGUCACCAGUGUGGUACCUCAGGCAUCUGUACUUUAAUAUUUUUAUUAGUGAUAUUGUAGAAGGUCUUGAUGGUAAGGUAUGUCUUUUUGCUGAUGAUACUAAGAUAUGUAACAGGGUUGAUGUUCCAGGAGGGAUAAGCCAAAUGGCAAAUGAUUUAGGUAAACUAGAAAAAUGGUCAGAAUUGUGGCAACUGACAUUUAAUGUGGAUAAGUGCAAGAUAAUGCAUCUUGGACGUAAAAAUCCAAGGGCAGAGUACAGAAUAUUUGAUAACCUCAACAUCUAAAGAAAGGGAUUAAGGGGUGAUUAUUUCUGUUGACUUAAAGGUAGGCAGACAAUGUAAUAGAGCAGCAGGAAAUGCUAGCAGAAUGGUUGGUUGUAUAGGGAGAGGUAUUAGCAGUAGAAAGAGGGAAGUGCUCAUGCCAUUGUACAGAACACUGGUGAGACCUCACUUGGAGUAUUGUACGCAGUACUGGAGACAGUAUCUCCAGAAGGAUAUUGAUACCUUAGAGAGAGUUCAGAGAAGGGCUACUAAACUGGUUCAUGGUUUGCAGGAUAAAACUUACCAGGAAAGGUUAACAUGUAUAGCUUGGAGGAAAGACGAGACAGGGGGGAUAUGAUGGAAACAUUUAACCCCUUAAGGACCAAACUUCUGGAAUAAAAGGGAAUCAUGACAUGUCACACAUGUCAUGUGUCCUUAAGGGGUUAAAUACAUAAAGGGAAUCAACACAGUAAAGGAGGAGACUAUAUUUAAAAGAAGAAAAACUACCACAACAAGAGGACAUGUGACGGACCACCUGGCACCCCAACCGGGUGCCUCUGUCAAUCGAUGCUCCUUGUGCUCACCGAGCACUCCACCCGACGCCUGCAGCACUGUAAACUCCACGUCCAGCGUUACAGCUUGGCUGGGAACUCGCUGUCCUCCACACACCCUGGACCCACGAUCAGGAUCCAGCUUCCAGUGGGUGAACCUCUCCUACUCCAGAGAGCGUAGCAGGAACAGCUCUUAAAAGAGCUAGUGAUUUAUAAUCCCAUGGGAGUAUAGAGAUAUAGCAAUCCCCAUAGCAAUACAGCUAUUUCCCCCACACAUGAGAUGAGACUCUAUGUUGAGGGUGUGGCGAAAGUAAGUUCCCCACUUGUACUUGGAGGGGUACUUUUAUGUGUUUUUACAGUACAUUUUGGGGUUUAAUAAAAUUGUAUGUUUUUCUGUGCGUGGAGAUUAUUGGGUUAGAUUAGUACAGUUCCUGAUUCAAUUAUCUCCCAAGCACAGAGAAGGGAUUCUAUUGUUCGUGUAUGGGAGUGUCUCACUGUAUGACUGUUUUUAUUGGUUUAGUCACUUUGUGUCCCUGUGCCCAACAAGGUCCACUUGGGUGUCACCCUUGUUGGGAAACUUGCAUAAAAGGCCAGUGUGCCUCCAUUGUACCCUCAACAUAGAGUCUCAUCUCAUGUGUGGGGGAAACGGCUGUAUCAUCCCUGGGGAUUGCUAUAUCACUAUACUCCCCAGGAAUUCCCCAAGAGUUGUUCCUGCUAUACUUACCGGGAGUAGGAGAGGUCUGCGCACUGGAAGCUGGAUCCCGGUCUUGGGUCCAGGGUGGGUGAAGGACUGCGAGACCCCGGCGCAGCUGCAUUGCUGGAAGUGGGGUCUGCAGUGCUUAUGGUGUCUGGUGGAGUGCUGGAAUUCCUCGGUGAGCACUAGGAGUGCCAGGCGGUCCGUCACAGAGGGUAAGCAGGAACUCAGUUUUAUUGGUGCCACACUGGCCUUUUAUGACAGUCCCCAUGCAAGGGGUACGCCCACAUGGACCUUGUUGGGGACAGGGACACAAACUUACAAACCAAUAAUAACAGAGUUACAAUGCAUGACACUCCCACAUACAAUACAAUAAGCCUUCCCUUUUACUUAGGAGAUAGUCAACCAUUCUACUAAACUCAAUUAUCACGAAACACAAAAAAGAAACUUUUACAAAACCCUCAAAAUACACACAAAAGUUACAUCCCCUGAUAAUCCUGAUCCCGGUGACCAACAUAUCCAAUAAUCACCCAGAUCAGUUCAGUGGUUCAGAAAUUUUAUGAAAGUCAUUGUUUUUACCGACCGCAGGCAUGGUCCCAUAGCUGAAAAUAGUUCCUUAGAAUAGCGGCUAAGUGCUGCUGGGGAACCGACCGGGAGCCGCAAAUUUUCAUGCCGAAAAUAGUUCCAGGGUAUUUGCGGCAAAGUCCCCCUGAAAUCUAUUUGCGGUUUUGAUCCAUAUGAACAAGAUGGCUGCCACUACGUGUUUGAAUGCCAUUUCGAAUGGCUUCGGGAGUUCGAAGUGCAGCUUCGGGAGUUCAAAUUGUUCCUGUUACAAGUCCCAACAGGCACAAAUAGGGUUUAACACAGGGGCCACAGUCACAGGGUAGGAGGCUGGCAAACAGGCCCCUCCAAAAACCAGUGGCGAGGUCACUUUAGCCACAUAUCUUCCCCCCACCCCACCAAGGGUAGACUAACCAGGUACCUGACCUCCUGCCGGUCGGUGCCUGAGUUAGUCGAGUAGCCCACCCAUAAGUAAAUAGUGGACCUUGUGACUUCUGUAGCCCAUCUCUGUCCUGCAUGUCCCCAGAGGUCAAGUGAGCAUCUGGUACUCCUGGUCUCCCUUGUACUCCCAGGUAUGUAGUUGCAGGUACUUGGUGGGCAGAGGCCAGCGGCGUUGUGCCCUGUAGCCAGCGGGUCAUCCGAUCUUGGACGGAGGACAAGUGGAGGGCCGAGGCCAACUUCGCUUGGCCCUGUUGCCAACGCUUCUGCUGGGGUGGCCUGCGUGUAUCCAGGCCCUGGACAAAGGGAAAUUGAAGGGCAGAGGCCAACUGUGCUCUGCCCUGGUGCCAGCGCUUCUGCUGGGGGUCUAGUAUGUAACUCCUGCCCUGUAACAAGGGGGCAGGUAGGGCAGUGGCCAGCAGCGCUCUGACCUGAUGCCAGCUCUUCUGCUGGAAGGGGGUCAGUGGAUAUUGUAGUCCCAUCCACUAACCCCAGGACCCGUUGGGAAUUGGCUGUGGAGAGGAGGGAUCGCCUACCUCCUCCUCCUGGCAUUCCUGCAGUGUUGGUUGGGGAUCUGGACCGGCCGUCCAACAUCUCUGAAGGUCUGGUGAAGAGACCGCAGUCCCAUCUGCACCAUUGGGGUCAGGGGUGCUGUUCCCCUGUAAUGGGGAAGAGGGACCAGCUGUCUCCUCUUCCGGUAUAUCUGGCUGCCACUGGGGAUAAAGGACCAUAUGCUCCUCUCCCUGUAAUGCAUGCUACCGCUGGGGAGAGAGACCGGAUGUCUCUUCUCCAUGCUGCCGCUGGGGAGUAGGACCGACUGUCCCCACUCCCGGUAAAUUGCUCUGCCGUUGGGGUGGAAGGACAACACCUCCCUGUACUGCACACUUCCACUAGGGAGAGAGACAGACUGUUUCUUCUCCCAGUAACAUAUUCGGCUGCUGGGGAGUAGGACCGACUAUCCCUACUCCUGGUAACUUCGGCUGUAGCUGGAGAUCUGGGUCGGUUGCACAGCAUGCUUGUAGGACUGGUGGAGAGACCUCGAUCCCAUCUCCACCUGCCAUCUGGAGAUCUUUCCAAGACCAGUCUAUGAGGUCCCCUACUUCUGUAGCUCAGCCAGGUCUUCCCACCUGUAGGGUGGCAGAUCUGGGUCUGCCUGCUGGGUAGAUUGGGGUCUAAUUGAGCUGAGCUACCAACUACAGUGAGGGCAUGCAUGAUUGGGCUGACGCCAACGAGACCUGACCUCCCUGGUAACAAUGGAGUGGGAGUUGGAGCAGGACUACCAGGUGUUGGUAGUCCUGCUCCAGCUCCCACUCCAUUGUUACCAGGGAGGUCAGGUCUCGUCUCACCUCGUUGGUGUCAGCCCAAUCAUGCAUGCCCUCCCUGUAGUCAUAGAUGUCCCAAAAUCUAAACUCAUCCAUGCAACUGAAAUCACUGUCCUCCUCCAUGGCAUCCCAAAGUAGACCAGGGCCAUCAUAAUAAUCAUCCUCGGGCCUGUUAUGCUCAGACAUCCAGGGGGCAUGGCGAAUCGUAUACCACCACAGCGCCUGGUAUGCGUCAUCUAGCCACGUCUCCUUCCAUACCAGGCUCUUGACCUCGCCACAAUAUAGUCUUAAAUUAGAGCGGGAAAAAAAUCAGGAAGUAUUACUUUACUGAGAGGAUAGUGGAUGCAUGGAAUAACCUUCCAGCUGAAGUGGUAGAGGUUAACACAGUAAAUUUGUUUAAGCAUGCGUGGGAUAGGCAUAAGGCUAUCCUAACUAUAAGAUAAGGCCAGGGACUAAUGAAAAUAUUUAGAAAAUUGGGCAGAUUAGAUGGACCGAAUGGUUCUUAUCUGCCAUCACAUUCUAUGUUUAUGGACUAGGGGUGCAUAAGGAAGCCCCUACGUUAAACAUUAGGUUUUCAAAAUCCCCAUUUGCCAGGACGGCAACACAGACCGGCAGUAAAUAAUCUGCAUUUAUCCUGGCUGCUAAGUUGAUUCUUGUUGUGUCUCAGGUAUGUUUAUCAGUGGUAUAAAUUAUUGGUACUAGUACAAGUAUGGAUAUUUUACUGUUACUUAAUAUGGGACUUCCUUAUAACACAUUUUGGAGGUUUAUUGGUGAGCAUCUAUGCAAGUCUUAUUCGCCUUGAUGGAUGUAAUAAGUAGUGCUUCAGUCCACUACCUGAUCAGAAGCUUGCUUCAUUUAUUUGUGUAAUGUUUAUUUGGAAUUUGACCACAUUUUCUCUCACCCUUUCCUACAGGAAGCAGUAGCGGGAGCUGCUGUCCUUGGGACCCUCGGCAGCCCUGGUCUGGUGUCUCCAGCCCUGACGCUGGCACAGCCUUUGGGUGCUUUGCCCCAAGCUGUGAUGGCAGCUCAGGCCCCAGGAGUUAUUACAGGUAAAGAUCAUUAAACUUCAGUCUCCUAUAUAACUAGGAAAAUGCAUACAGAUAUAUCUGCCCAUUACCAGAGUGACUGAUGUAUCUCAUACUGCACAUCCUUCCUACUUAAUGUGCACAGAAUCCCACUAUAUUAUUCAUGUGGGUCAGGAUUGAAAUAUACUUUGUCUGUAAUCUUUAUGCAACAUCCAGAUGAACAUUCACCACUUUAAGUUGUAGCUAAAAAGAGGAAUAUUUCCCACUCACUCAAGGCCAUCAAUCCUGCUGCAGGUAGAGAUUCUAAGUAAGCACAGUAUACUUAAUACAACCUGAUCGCUGUUGGUUCUAUUUCCUCAGGUGUGACUCCUGUGCGCCCACCUCUUCCAGUCACCAUCCCACAAGUCGGCCUGGUGAAUCCCGUCCUUUCAAGCCCUCCUGCACUUGCCCAGCUGGAAGUAAAGAAAGAGAAAGAGGAGGAGGAACUCCUGCCAGAAUCUGAAAGGCCAGAAAUGCUGAGCGAGCAGGAACACAUGAGCAUAUCUGGAAGCAGUGCCAGGCACAUGGUCAUGCAGAAACUCAUGCGCAAGCAGGAGGUGAGAAGAACCCCAGCAGGUUCACAUGGCAGUUAGUUGGGGCACCUCUGUAGUGUUACAAGGACAGCGAUUGUCUACUGCCCUCUUCUGGUUGAACACCAGUGUUCUCAAUUUGCUACAUGAUGAAUGUGUUUUGUUUUUUUAUUCUAUUAACAGUUUUCAGAGUUAUUCAGAGGGCUGAAUUUCAGAACAAAUGUGGUUACAAAAUCUUACGCAUCUACAACUGCCAAAAAACACCCGUGCUAAAGUUUGUCCUUAGUUUAGAAAUACCCAAUGUUAACAUGUUCUUAGCUUUUUUUGAAAGUUAUAGGGCAAUAAGUACAAGUAGCACUUUGCUAUUUCCAAACCAUAUUUAUUUCUUCAAAAUCAACGCAAGUUACAUCGUAACACUAUCUGUCAGGAAUCCCUGAAUAACCCUUCACAUGUAUUUAUAAUUUUUUAAAGAAGACAACCUAAGGUAUUAAACUUGGGGUAUUUUGACUCUUUUAAUGCAACAACAAUCCUACAGAAAUCUUACAUUUGCCCAGUGGCAGCACAAACUGUAAGCAAAAGGUAAAAAUGUUAUUUAUAAUGCAUUCUAAAGUCUAAAACGUUUGUUUUAAUUUUGGAGUUAACAUAUCCCUCUAUGGAUUACUCAUAAAUGGUGCUAAUGCCUGAGUUUUGCAGUAUUUCAACUUGUUACAAUUCGCCAUUGUUUGAGAAUUCUGUAAAUUUGAUUAAACUGAAAUUUGCCGGGAGACAGCAGGCAAUUCUAAUAAAUUGUUAUAGAUUAUUUUUCAGAAUACAAAUCAGCAUAUAAAUUCUAGUAGACUGUAUCAGUUUGUUCAAAAUAAGUACCCCAUCCUUCAAUUGUAAUAUCAAUACUGAAACAAAUUAUGUGAACCUCUUUACUGGAUGCCUCCAAGAACAAAAAAGGUGAUGGUUCUACAGUAAGCACAGAAGCCUGGCUUGUGCUUAAUUUGAGAUAAUUUAAAUAGAAGGGCCCCACCAAAAUGGCAUUGGAACACAAACAUUGGGUCUGUAUAUCAAAAGGUUAAGAACCACUGGUGUAAUAGGGUGGCUUUUUAUGUUUAUUACUGCACGAAUUGUGACCUUAGCUCCUUUAUCCUCAUGUUUAUAUCCUUUUACAGUCUACUGUGAUGGUUCUUCGUAAUAUGGUGGACCCUCGUGAUAUCGAUGAUGAUCUUGAGGGCGAAGUGACAGAGGAGUGUGGCAAAUUUGGUGCAGUGAACAGAGUGGUCAUAUACCAGGAAAAACAAGGAGAGGAAGAAGAUGCAGAAAUUAUUGUUAAAAUCUUUGUGGAAUUCUCAAUGGCCAGUGAAACACACAAAGCUAUUCAAGCAUUGAAUGGUCGUUGGUUUGCCGGACGGAAAGUAGUUGCUGAAGUGUAUGACCAGGAGAGGUUUGACAAUAGCGACCUUUCGGCAUGAAACCUCUCAAGACUCUUACCUCCUCCCCAUUUGUCCGUGUACUGUUUAUUUCAGUUUUAUUUCUUUUAUAUUAUUUGUCCUAUUGUCGUUGUCUCAAAGUAGAAACUGGUCAAUAAAAUGAUUUUUGUUUUUUUUCUAUUUUGGAUGAAUGUGCCAUUAUUUUUGUGUGCGAGAUCCUGAGGUCUUUCACAGAGAUGUAGUUUAAACUCUGUGUACUAAUGGGUGCACACUGCUAAGGACAGAAGAUUGUUUUAUAAGGCAAAGAAUGGAUUUGAGACUUGACAUGCUGUAAUUAGAGUAUGGGCUGGGGUAUGGUAUGAACUCACUCACUUACAUCUCUAAAAGGUUGAGUAUAUAACAAUUAAAAUAAUUUAUUUAAACGUUU